AUGUGCUAUACAUAUUCUGCUAAGUGCACCAUCAGUGAUCCUCUUCUAAUUCCUCAUAAAUAUUAUAAACCAGGAGAUCUCAUUGUUGGUGGAAUUGUGUCACAAGCACUUAUUCUUUCAGAGCCGACUUCUUUCCAGGAGCACCCUAACAAGGCAGUGAUUGAUGAGCCUCUUGUACUGACUAAGAACUACCAGCAUGUCCUGGCCUUGGUAUUUGCUGUAAAGGAGAUCAACGAAAACAACCAGAUUUUACCCAAUGUCACCUUGGGCUUCCACAUCUAUGACACCAAUUUCAACACAAAACAGACCUAUCAUGCAACCUUGAAACUUCUCUGCAUAGGCAGAAGACUUGUCCCCAACUACAAGUGUGACACUUGGAACAAUCUGCUUGCAGUCAUUGGGGGACUUGAAUCUGAAACUUCUCUCCAUAUUGCUACCAUCUUAGGGGUCUACAAUAUUCCACAGCUCACCUAUAGCUCUGCUCCAGUGGUGAGUCAUAAAUUCCCAGGCAUUUCCUUCUACCAUAUGGUCCCAAAUGAAAGCCAUCAGAACAUGGGGAUCGUGCGAUUACUUCUCCAUUUCAGAUGGACAUGGAUUGGGAUCAUUGCUGUGGAUGAUGACAAUGGAGAAAGAUUUCAACAGAUCAUGCUUCCCAUGUUCUGGAAGAAUAGCAUUUGUUUUGACUUCAUAGAAAAAAUCAUCCGAAUGACUUAUUUCAAGGAUUAUUUUCACUUGUUCCAAGUGAUGUGGAAAACAUUUGACAUUGUGAUGGAGAGUAAAGCUAACACAUUGGUCUUUCAUGGAGAAAUUGAGUCUCUUAUAUAUUUGAGAUGGAUGUUAAAAUUUUCAGAGACGGGAUACAUGACAGUUAGGCCAAAGGGAAAAGUGUGGAUUAUAACAGCACAGAUGGAUUUCAUAUCAUUUUAUUUCCAAAGGAGUUGGGAUAUACACAUCAUCCAUGGUGCUUUAUCCUUCAGAGUUCACACAAAUGAAAUCCGAGGUUUCCAACAAUUUCUUCAGAGCAGAAGUCCUCUCUUGACAAAUGAAGAUGGCUUCAUCAAGGACUUCUGGGAACAGGCCUUCCUCUGUCAUUUCUCAGCUAUGAAGAAGAUGUUUGAUGAAAAGUGCACUGGCAAGGAGAGGAUGGAGAGCCUUCCUGGGUCAAAACACACCACAAGAGUGGAUGGUGAGAGACAGAAACUUCUGAAUGCUCAGCCAUGGCAGCUCCAUCAAUUUCUGCGAAGUAUGUCAUUUAACAGCAGUGCUGGGGACAGAGUUUCCUUUGAUCACAAUGGGGAAUUGAAAGCUGGAUUUGAUAUUAUAAACUGGGUCACAUUCCCAAACCAAUCUUUUCUUAGAGUGAAAGUUGGACAGGUGGAUCCCCAGGCUCCAGAGGACCAAACAUUCACUAUAAAUGACAUGGCCUUCACAUGGCACCGUAUGUUUAACCAGGCACUGCCCAUUUCUCUUUGUGCUGACAGUUGUCACCCUGGUUAUAGCAAACAAAGGAAAGAGGGGGAGCCAUUUUGCUGCUAUGACUGCAUCUCAUGUCCAGAAGGCAAGAUUUCAAACCAGAAUGAUAUGAACAACUGUUUCCAGUGCCCAGAAGAUUCUUACACAAAUGAAGCCCAUGAUUUAUGCAUUCCAAAGGCAGUAAACUUCCUGCAUUAUGAAGAAUCUUUGGGAAUUGGUUUAGCCAUUAUGACUUUUUCUUCUGCAGUCCUUACAGUUUUGGUGCUAGCAACAUUCAUGAAGCAUCAUAACACCCCCAUUGUCAAAGCCAACAACUGCAACCUCACCUAUAUUCUCCUCCUCUCCCUCCUGCUCUGCUUCCUUUGUCCUUUGCUAUUCAUUGGCAGACCUGGGAUGCUUGGAUGUCUCCUACGACAAACUACAUUUGGCAUUAUCUUCUCAGUGGCUGUUUCUUCUAUAAUGGCAAAAACUGCUACAGUGGUUUUGGCUUUCAUGGCCACCAAGCCUGGAUCUAAAAUGAGGAAAUGGGUAGGGAAACGACUGGCCAACUCCAUUGUUCUUUUCUGCUCCCUUGUUCAAGUUGGUAUUUGUGUUGUAUGGUUGGCAACCUUUCCCCCAUUCCCAGAUGUUGACAUGCACUCACUUACUGAAGAAAUUGUACUGCAGUGUAAUGAGGGGUCUGUGUGCAUGUUUUACUGUGUCUUGGGCUACAUGGGCUUCCUGGCCUUUGUCAGCUUCACUCUGGCUUUCUUUGCCAGGACAUUACCUGACAGUUUCAAUGAAGCCAAAUUUAUUACAUUCAGCAUGUUGGUUUUUUGCAGUGUUUGGUUAUCCUUUGUUCCAACCUACCUGAGCACAAAAGGAAAAUACAUGGUAGCUGUGGAGAUUUUCUCCAUCAUAGUGUCUAGUGGUGGCUUACUGGGUUGCAUAUUUUCCCCAAAAUGUUACAUUAUUAUUCUGAGGCCUGAGCUGAACUGCAGAGAACAACUAAUAAGAAAAAAUCCAGGAAGAAUAUAG